AUGUCAAAUUUAAAAUAUAUUGUACUAACUGUGCUGGUGUGUCUGCUGGCGACCACAUAUGCCGUUUCCAGUACCUGGGGUAAUAUUUCCAAUUCUGCCCAACUGCUGCAUGCCGAACAAGUAUUCAAUGCCUCAUCGCCGGGAAAAUAUGUGACACAUGAAAUUAAAUAUCCCAAAAAUGGCAUUGGCAAUGGCCGCAUUAUAACUGGCAUACGGGCAUUCGAUCAGGUGACCAAUGGUACCGGUGGACAUGCAACCAUAUAUUCUGGUGGACCUGGUUUUAAUUUUGUUAAUAUUAAAUUGCAAUCACAAUAUAAUUAUGGUAUAAUAUUUCGUGUAGAAAUUUAUGGCAAAUAAUAUAC